GAAUCUCUUCUCCAGUCGGUUUUUACGAGAGCUGCCAGACAGUGUCUGUUCACGUUCUCCAGAUACUAGGGGCGCCAUAACAAAGUUAAGGUCAAGUUAGUGUCUUAUCUUGGGUGGCACAAAAAUACUGCAUCUUCUCCAGCCGGACCUGGUAUAUUUUUAAGCCCAAACGUUACGCAAGUCGCCUUAAUUUCCACGGAGAGCAUUUGGAAAUGUCUCUUGGACCUAAAUACUUGGUGAUUCCAGGCAACGAUUGCAGAUGUUUCAAGACGCCUAACGUUUGGCGCCCUGACACAAGUGCGCAGUGUUUGGGCUUAUAAGCGAGGGAAAACGAGGUGAUCGAAAGUCAGGCUUUGAAUUUCGUGACCGGUUUUGAUGCCAACUGUGGAUUGCAGGAGCCGGGCGGGCAGAUCCGGUCUUACACUCGAAUGUGUGAAUGGGACUUGGCUUUCCUGAGUGAACCAUCACCCACCCGCUCAUCAUCUGCUUGAGCGGCGGCCGGAGAGUAUCGCUCCCUCUAAGGAGGAAGCGAUCACGUUUCCGAGCCGGGGGUGCCGGUCCGUGAGCCCCCAGCCCUCGCUCCGGGGGCUGCCUGCCCCGACGACGGCGGUGCUCCCCCCGGCUGCCCGGGGAGGCCGGGCGGAGAUGCGGGCGGGGGGCUGCGCGCCGUGGGGCUCCGCGCCGGGCUCCGGCGGUGGGCAGGCGCCUGCCCGGGCGGCGCGGCCCCAGGUGAUCCGCACCACCUACGUGUGUCUCACAUCGCCUGGUGAAAGGAUGAGACUUAACACCGGCUCUAUUUGUACAAACGGCGCGCUCGCCUCCCCGUGCUGGGAGGGCUCUUUGGAGAGAUCUUAGGAGCCUUUCCGAGGGGCUGAUAUAGAUAUAAGGACAUUUCUACAUCGCGUCACGUGACAUAAUUACCACUAGAAUCAAUCAAGAUGAAUUGCACGUCAGCACACGGUGGGGAUUUUUUCUUAGUUGAUCCUGUCCAAACCCUCUUGUGCAAUAGAUGGAUCUUGUUCAAUGCAUUGAAGCCUCCUGGUUGCUUGCAAUCGCAAAAAGGAAGACAUGACUGAGUUUGACGAUUGCAGUCACGGUACAUCCAAUAUGUAUCUGCCAGGGUGCGCCUAUUACGUCUCACCCUCAGACUUCUCGACGAAACCCUCUUUUUUGUCUCAAUCGUCGUCCUGUCAAAUGACUUUUCCUUAUUCUUCUAAUUUACCUCAUGUUCAACCUGUGCGUGAAGUAGCAUUCAGGGAAUACGGAUUAGAGCGCAGCAAAUGGCAGUAUAGGGGCAGUUAUGCUCCUUAUUACUCAGCUGAAGAGGUGAUGCACAGAGACUUUCUGCAGCCUGCGAACAGGAGGACGGAAAUGUUGUUCAAAACGGACCCUGUCUGCGGCCACCACGGACCGUCUCCCGCCGCCUCCAACUUCUACAGCUCGGUGGGGAGGAACGGCAUCCUGCCGCAAGGCUUCGACCAGUUUUACGAGACAGCCCCCGGACCCCCGUACCAGCAGCACUCCGAGAGCGAGGGAGACGCGGAGAAGGGCGACUUGAAAGCCCAGAACAGCACUUGCAGUAAAACACCUUCCAACCAGGAGAAGAAAGUGACACCAGCAAACAGCGCCGAUUCCCCUUCUGGUGAGGCUGUUGCAGAGAAGAGCAACAGUUCAGCAAUUCCCCAGCGAUCAAGGAAAAAGAGAUGCCCCUAUACCAAAUAUCAGAUAAGAGAACUGGAACGGGAAUUUUUCUUCAACGUGUACAUAAACAAAGAGAAGAGACUGCAGCUGUCCAGAAUGCUCAACCUCACUGACCGGCAAGUUAAAAUCUGGUUCCAGAAUCGCAGGAUGAAGGAAAAGAAACUGAACAGAGAUCGACUCCAGUAUUUCACAGGGAAUCCCUUGUUUUGAAAAAAAAAGAAAAAAAAAGAAAGAAAAAAAAAGAAAGAAAAAAAAAGGAAAAAAGGAAAAAAAGAAAAAAGGAAGAAAAAAUUAAAAAUAAAAAGAAAAUAAGAGAACAAGAAGAAAGAAGAAAAACAAAGAAUAUAUCGGUCUCUCUGACCUACCAUCUGAAUGCAAAAGUUAAUUUGUUUACUUGACACAUCCACCCUGCGGAACUCAAAGUUUCAUUUUCAUGUGCAACUCCCCACACUGAAUGGCCACUGGAGAUUUCGGGGCUUGGCGGAGCAGAUUCCUGAUAAGGGGAAACUAGGGUAAAUCCAACUGUCCACUCUCGAGGGUUUUUCGCCAAAGGUGCUUUUUUUUUCCUCUCCCACAGUACCAGCAAUGGACCUGCAGUGUGUCUGGUAGUUGUUGCUUACAAUUCAUUGAGUUCGGGGGGGCUCUGUUGUUGCUUUUGAGCUAGGAUAACACUUUCCUCCCUUUAAGUGAAUGCGGUUUAUUUAAGAGAUGGUAAAUGUACGCUCGCUAUAUACAAAAUAUAUAUAUAUAUGUUUCUAUUGUCAUCCAAAAGCAUGGGCCACUGUCUUUUUCAUGUGAAUAAAUGGUUUCUAGUAAAGUUAAGGUUAUAACUUCCGUGCACUGUAUGGAUUUCCAUCUCCGAAGGAUCCUAGCGUUUUCCGGGCUAGAGCCAAGUUCAGUUAAAUAAUAACGUGAGGAAGCCUAGUCGGGUUGUUUAAAAUGCGUUUAGAUUAAGCAGUGUUCAGAUGCCUGCCUCUCCCUUUGUAGGUAUGCGUACCUUCCCCGUUCGCUGUGAGGCAGAGCCAACAUGGCUGUCUGCACACCAUCCCUUCUGAUGGUGCUACCAUUGCUCUAAACAACGAAAAAGGCUCCUCGUUUAGCUGCUCAGGCUCCAAACAAGCCCAGAAUCCCCAACGUCAAGGACUGUUUACUCGUUAGUGAAGAGCGAGACAGAAAGACCGAGGGCUCCAAGCGAAUCAGACAAGAGGGAGCUAUAAACAAUUGGCACUAGUUGGGGAAAAAAAAAGAAAAUUAAAAAAAAAAAAAAAAAAAAAAAAAAAAUAGGGAAAAAGAAAAAACCACCCCAAACCAAAGCCACAAAACCACCCCCAAGACUUUUGGGAGCAGAGGGGUGGUUCUGUUCAAUGUGCUAGCGGGCAGGGCGAGCGGAGCGGGCGCUGGCGGAGCGGGGUGAGCGCGCUGCCGGCGCGGCGGGCCCCGCCGGGGGCCGGCACCCGGAGGAGAUCCGCUCCGCUCCUCGCCGCUUUAUCUUGCGUGACCUGGCUGGGCUGUUUACAAAACCUUGAACUGUCUAGACAACACCAUAAAACCCGAGGUUCUAAACAGCUUAAUUGGGUUAUAUUAUACACCUUCUGGUGGGCGAAAAAGAGAUUUCCGCAAUGUGCAAUAAAGGCGACGAGUGAGAAAAGAAUUUGCCUUUUUUGAAUAGGACGAGGUGGCUCUCGCUACACUCGCAGGCAGGGAAGGCAAAAGUGCCAACUAAGUCAGGAAAAGACGGAGAAUUCAAAAAAUAGAGAAAUAGAAGAGGAGGGAGGCAUGACUAAAAAAAAUUUUUUUAAAACACUUUAGCAAGAAAAACAUAAGUGUAUGCCUUUGAACUUCCAAAAUGUCAAGGUCAUCACCUUUAACCUUUCUGAAUAAUUAGGCGCCUUAAGGUUCCUCUGUUAUUUUCAACCACCACCCACUCUCUCUCUGUCUCACUCUCUCCCUCCCUCGCUCUCUCUCACACGCACGCAUAGCCACACACACACUUUUACCGCAUAGCUGGCCAUAUUAGCAAAUGCAUCAUAACGCAAAGAAAAUCCCGGCUGGGUCGAGGUGAGCUCUCGGCGUCGUGCAGUGAGCGUGCCCUGCUCCAGUCCCUGCCAGCUGGAGCACAGGGGGCUCCUCACUUCCCUCUCUUUCUCUUCUGUGCCCUGGGAAUUCGACCCAAAAAUGUUUUUUUUUUUUUUUUCUUUUUUUCUUUUUUUCCUUUUUUUUUUUUUUUUUUUUUUUUGGUAGUUCACAAGAAAAAGAGGGGUUUGCUUAGAAAAAAAUUUAAAAGGUAGGAAAUAGCUUAUAAUUUAGGGAGAAAGACGAUAUUUCUAUGCGGUUUCCCCACAAAGCCCAUUAAUUAGAAAUGCUUGAAGUCACGGGGAAUUCCUCAUGGCAUUUUGUCUGACCUUCUAGCAAAAUUCUCGCGUGUCUCCCGAUCCUUAAUCCACAGGGCGAGAACGAUUUUCGGUUUUCGGUUCCCUGCAGAGCUUUAACAGCCUCUCUCAGCGCAUUAAUGCGCCCUCAGAAUGCCGAGACACCGCAAGAGCAGCGGCGGAAACCGAAACACCGGAGCGCUAAUCUUGCAUAAAUGCUCAGUGAUAGCGGUGUUAAGUUCCUAUUUAAAAAGAAGGGAAGAAACCCAUGAGUGAGAGCAAAUCGAGCUGAGGAGAAAGAGCUGGAGAGGGGAGAAUUCCCGGUGUUUGGCGGGCAGCGGCCACAGGAGGGCGCGCCCAGGCGCUGCAAUGCCGCAGCCUCUGGUGCUCCAGUCUCUUCUCCCCCUAAUAAUAAUUCCACUGCUAAUAAAAUAUCUAAUAUAUAAGUAACGAUAAGAUUUCAGGGCCUUCCAAAUGAGAAAAUAAAGCAUCAAAAAGAUUUAUUAAACAAAUAACCCAUAACCGUGACGUGCUGGAGAAAUAUGCCACUUUAAAAGAAUUUUUUUUUUUUUUGGUCGUAAUCUUUUAUAAUGCAUCCGAGCUUUAAAAAAAAUCCCAUAAUUUUAAGAAAGAAGAAAAGUCAAACCCCAAAGAUAUUCAGAAUUCGUUCCCUAGAACGAAAAUCUAUCUAAUCCUUUAAGGGCAACCUUAACGCGGGUGGAACAAAAGUAAUAUAAAAACAUAUAUUUCCACAAUUUAUCUUAGAUUCUUACUCGAUGAUUUUCUUAGAUGAACCUCUAGGUACAGAAAACAGAAUGUUAAAAACGUAUUUUAUUUAAAGGCGAGAUUAACAUUAGUUCCCGGGAGUGCUUAUUUUUUAAAAGAAAGACAGAGAGACUAAAGAGAAAAGAAGAUAUUUUUAAUAUCCUAACAUCACCUUGCCAAGGCAUUGUUGAAUGAAGUCCUUCUCUUUAAAAGCGCUAUGGAGAUCUAUUAAAAUGAAAGUAGAGCUUACAAAAUUAAAGUGAAUCUUAUGAAUUUCUUGGACGUUCUCCAGCAACCGAGCACGUUGUGUAUUUCUGAGAUUUUUUGUUUUGUUUUAUCCUUUUUGCCUUCCAGUGCGCACUUCUGGUCAGAACCUGAGGAAAGAAAGAAUUUCGCUGCUUUCUACUUAUUUGCAGAAUUCAUCGAAAUCUAUUUCAUGUUGGCUUAGCCAUAUUCCGCAUUUUUAAAGCCCAGUCUCUUGUGAACGCAUUUGUUGGCACUUCGUCUGCUGGGUUGUUGGUGUGUGGUUUAUUUGUCUUUCUGUCUCUCUCUUUUUUUUUUUUUUCCUUUUCUUUUUCUUUUUUUUUUUUUUUUAGAAGUUCAUUGUUAACACUUUCCUAGAAAUAGCCAAAUAGCCUUUCCGUCUGUAAUAAAAUAGCAUUGUACAAGCCGAAAUCCUUGGGAUCCCUGACGCCAGAGGUAGCCCUGGCAGGCAGAGUCGUAUCCCGGAGGAAAAUGCCCUGGUCUUUGGGUGGACAUACACUUUCCUAGGGGAAAAUGUUUAGCGAAGUUUGUGUGUUUGUUUUUCUUGGCAUGAGAGGGUUCCUUGCGAGAGCCCACACCGACCCCGAGCCCAUUAGGCUUCAUACGAGGUGCUUUAAUCCCUCGCAAUUACAGUGAGGCCGAAUGUGCUCAGAGAAUGUGAACUGGUGAGGGGAGCCAGGGUGUGUUGUUAAUUUUGGAAAAUUAUAUCUAUACACCAGAACAUGGAAAUGCCGCUUUCCUCUUUAUUUUUUUCUUUUUCUUUUUCUUUUUCUUUUUCUUUUUCUUUUUCUUUUUCUUUUUUUUUUUUUUUUUAACCAUUGUGUACAUGUGAUCAUUAUGUGCGAGUCUGUAACCUCUUCUAUUUUUCCUUUUUACCCAUUUCUCAGUUAAAUUCCUCUAGGCAGAAAAGAUUGUGAGUUAUUUCCAAAUGUCUUUGGGCUUGUCCUUUAGGUACAACGAAAAGGGCAUUUUCUUAUUUUCUGAUUAAAACAUAAAUGCGGCAGGAAUCCGCCGAAAGAUGAACGUGCAGCAAAUACCGAGGCUGAAGGCUGCACCGGUCACCAAUACACACGCUGAAAUCUCAUCACACUCAGGCACUUUUGUGUCCACAAAAAUAUGGAAGUACAAUAGGAGAAGGGCUGGGGUGUAGGGCGAGGUUGAGCGUACGGUCAGUGCUACUGUGCGAUGGAUAUGCUCAGAAAUAACACCUUCGAAGAAAAGACCAGCGUGCUAUUUUGUUUAUUUUAUAGGCUUUCAUAUUUAGGGAAAAGCAUAAUGUCAUCAGUAUGUCAUGUCUGUCCCCUAACCUCGGUCAAAAAAAUCUAGAGAAUCUGAGCCCUCAGCCCAGGCGCCGACUCUUUCCAUGAAAAUACGGCACAUAGAGAUCUGGGCAACGUGACAAUUGCUUUAUUAAAAGAAAAAAGGACAUAAUAUCGUAGCCAAUUUCUUUUCUUAAAUAAAAAUAUUCUUCAAUGUCCCUGCAAUAUAACAACGUGGCAUAAAAUAUACAGUCCGCACGUUUAAAGACACCCUAAAUAAAAUGGCGAAAUCAAGUAAAUCAAAGGAAAUUUGCUAAAAGCUUCCUGGAUGCCAGCCUAUUUUAAAAAGUAGACAUUUCUCGCAAUACCUUUGCUACUGAAGGCAUCUGCAAAAUAUCUAGCUUCUUUCGUACCCCUCUCCCAUCCCCCUCACAUAAUGAGACACAAACACAGCAAAUUGCAACUAUGAGAAUGUUCGGCACAGCCGAGACAAAAACAUAAUCAUAUCACCAGUAAUAAGGUUCGGGGAGAUAAGGCAGUGAAAAUUAAGCCCUGCUGCCACGUCUGGUAACCUCCAGUUUUUAGCCCUGACAUUUGCUAGAGGAGAAAACUGUAAUGUCCACCUAUGCUUUAUUACAAACAGUAAUUUACAUCUGCAUGGACCCAUUGGCUGGGGCAUUUUUUCACCCUCGUUCGGAAAAAUAUGGGGCUCUGAGAGCAAAACCUUUAUAUUAAUGUAGAUUGUAUAUCUCAUUUAUUGCACAAUAUUGAUUUAUUUAUUAAUGUUAAUUACUUUAUUCCAUUUUAAUAUGAUUUAAAACAAUAGUGACAUUAAAUGCCCAGAGCCUAAGUCCCCAGUUCCCCAAUGGCUCUCGCAUGUUUAUUCAACUUCCAUUUACAUCAAACUUAAACUUUCUACUGUUCAUUUUCAAUAAAAAAAUGCUGCCCGUUUUUAAACCCCUCAUGAUUUACCGUGAGCGAAGGGUCUUAUGGAGCCGUUUGCCAGUCCUGAACGCAAUAUUUAAAUUAUUAUAAUCACAACAGUCAUCUGAGUUUCCGUGUAGUGACAUGCAUGAAAUUAAUAUUUUCAAUUACAAAAAAUCAAAGAGCCCUCAUGUCUAAUCAGGAGCCCAGAAUUCAGCUCCUCCAGCAGCAGCAGCAACAGCAGCAGCAGCAGCAGCAGCGAGGCCGGCGCGGAAAGCAGCUCAGCAUUUGCUUAUUGUUUUAACUUUACUGUUGGGCGAAAUCCGCCGCAAAGCUCUGGGCUGAUACUUUCAGCUGGGAUAUUUCUGGGACCCCUUUUCUUACAGUGUAAAUAAAGAUUAUGAAAGAACCAUUUGAUGGGCAUAAAAUUCCUGAUUAGAUUUAAUAGUCGAGCCUUAAACUGCGUCAAGAAAAAUAGUAUUUUGUUUCUUUAAACUCCGUGGGUUGUCCAGGCUGUUGUUGAAGAGGAGGAAAUUGCUAGAAGGCGAGGGGGGGGGGGGACGCGGCGCUCGGAGGGAGCGUCGUGGGCUCGCCGCGGUUCUUCCCCGGCGCAGGCGACUCUUAGCCAUGGCUCUGAUCAUGAUCUUACGCGGCCACCGCGCCGCGCCCGCCGCUCGCCUCAGCCCCGGCGCCGGCCGAGCGUGCCCGGGGCGGGCGGCGGCCGCGCCAGGCGCAGGGGACGCUGCCGAAAGAGCCUGCGAGCUGCGAAUAUUACGAAGGUAAUAUUUAAACUCUCCGGCAACCCAGGAGCUGGAGACUGCAGCUAUAAAAGACGCUGGCUCUUAACCUGACAAUGAUGUUGUAUUUGAACAGCUGCGAUAAGGUUUUAAAAGGUCUGUCUCAUUGCCACCGCGAAAUUUUAAAUAGGGUUAUUGUUUCCAGCAGUCUAAAGUGUAGGGUAAAGUACAAAAACAUCCAAAUGCCAGGAAACAGAGGAAAAUUCAAAUCCACGCUGGUGGAAAACGCGUGUUUGUGAGUGUGCGAAAGACUCAUUUAAUUUUUUAAAAAUCCUUUCACGUGCUGCCUGCUCUUGGUGAUCUGAAAGGAUGUUUUGAUGGUAGAAAGGCCCAAAAUAAACAGGCGAAUGAGUCCCAAACAAAAAUUAUCAACAAGUUCACUUUGUGUGGGUGAGGGUCCUUGACAACACUAGUCCCACAUAAGAAAUACUCCAGUUUUGGGGAAAAAAAAAAAAAAAAAAAAAAAAAAAAAAAAGGAAGCAAAAAAAGAGAGAGAAAGUAAAA